AUGGCGAGCCUGGCAGAUGUCGGAUGGAAGCUCUUGGAAUUCAAAGCCCGCUCAAAGAGAUCAGGUUCCAUUUAUGAACCUUUAAAGUUGUCCAAUCUCCAGCGGGAGGACGAGCCCCUAUGGGAGAAGCUGGACCGUUACUACAAUGCAGUCAAAACCACCAUUCUGAACUACCAGAGUCCCACAACCGGGCUUUUCCCUGUGAAGACGUUCUCCAACAUCAAGGAGGCAAAGGUCCGGGACUCGCUGUACUGUGCUGCUUGUGCCUGGGCCCUGUCUUUGGCGUACCGGCGCAUUGAUGAUGAUCUAGGCCGCACACAUGAGUUGGAGCAUUCUGCCAUCAAGUGCAUGAGAGGGAUCCUCUACUGUUACAUGAGGCAGGCAGACAAGGUGGAGGAGUUUAAAAACGACCCCAGUCCCUCCAAGUGCCUUCACUCUGUGUUCCAUGUGGACACCGGUGACGAGUUUCACUCCUACAGCGACUAUCACCACCUGCAGAUCGAUGCGGUUUCUCUGUUCCUGCUGUACCUGGUGGAGAUGAUUUGCUCCGGUCUGCAGAUCAUUUACAACACUGAUGAGGUUUCCUUCAUCCAGAAUCUGGUGUUCUGUGUAGAGCGGGCCUACAGGGUGCCUGACUACGGCAUGUGGGAGCGGGGCAGCAAAUACAACAACGGCAGCACAGAGCUGCAUUCCAGCUCAGUGGGCCUCGCUAAAGCUGCUCUGGAGGCCAUCAAUGGAUUCAACCUGUUUGGAAACCAGGGCUGCUCAUGGUCUGUGAUAUUUGUGGAUCUGGACGCCCACAACAGGAACAGGCAAACGCUGUCCUCUCUGCUGCCCAGAGAGUCUCGCUCUCAUAACACGGAUGCCGCCUUGCUUCCCACCAUCAGCUACCCGGCCUUUGCGGUCGACGACGACGCUCUCUACAGUCAAACGCUUGACAAGAUUGUUCGGAAGCUACGGGGCAAAUAUGGCUUCAAGCGAUUCCUCCGGGACGGCUACCGCACGACUAACGAAGACAAGAACCGCCGUUACUACAAACCCGCUGAAAUGAAGCUCUUUGAUGGAAUCGAAUGCGAGUUUCCCAUGUUUUUCAUCUACAUGAUGAUUGACGGCGUGUUCAGAGGAAACAAGGCACAGGUGAAGGAAUACCAGGACCUCCUUGAACCCAUCAUCUUCCAGUCUUUCGAGGGCCAUGCUGUGAUCCCUAAAUACUACUACGUACCGGCCGACUUUGUGGAGGCGGAGCAGAACAAACAUGGAAGCCAGAAGCGUUUCCCUAGCAACUCUGGCCGUGAUGGCAAGAUGUUUCUAUGGGGUCAGGCCAUGUACAACAUAGCUAAGCUGCUGGUGGACGAGCUGAUCAGCCCUAAAGACAUCGAUCCCGUCCACAGAUAUGUCCCGCGGCAAGAUCAGCGCAAUGUCAGCAUGCGAUACUCCAAUCAGGGUCCCAUAGAGAACGACGCGGUGAUUCAUGUGUCCCUGGUAGCCGAGAGUCAGAGGCUCCAGGUGUUUUUGAACACAUAUGGGAUUCAGACCCAGACACCUCAGCAAGUUGAACCCAUCCAGAUCUGGCCUCAGAAGGAGCUUGUCAAGGCGUACCGCUUUCUAGCCGUCAAUAAGAAGCUGGGUCUGAGUGGGCGUCCAGAUAGGCCAGUGGGCUGCAUCGGGACCUGUAAGAUUUAUCGUAUCCUGGGCAAGACGGUGGUGUGCUACCCAAUAGUGUUUGAUCUAAGUGACUUCUACUUGUCCCAAGAUGUUAUGCUUCUAAUUGAUGACAUUAAGAAUGCCCUGCAGUUCAUCAAACAGUGCUGGAAGAUGCAGGGACGUCCACUCUUCCUGGUUCUCAUCCGCGAGGAUAACAUCAAAGGGAGCCGCUUCAAUCCGGUUUUGGACAUGCUGGCCUCUUUCAAGAAAGGCAUUUUCGGAGGGGUCAAAGUGCACGUCGACAGACUUCAGACCCUGAUAUCAGGAGCAUUUGUGGAGCAGCUGGACUUCCUCCGUGUCAAUGAGGCAGAGAUCCCAGAGUUCAAGAGCUUUGAGGAGCUGGAGCUUCCGAAGCACUCGAAGGUGAAGAGGCAAACGAGCACCCCCAACGCCUCUGACCUGGAGCAGCAACCAGAGAUCAGUGUGGAGGAAUGGCAAAACAAACCCACCUAUGAGAUCCUGCAGAAGUUUCAUGACUCGGACUGCUUGGCCAGUCAGGCUCAGCUUGCCAGCAUCCUUCUUAGAAGAGAAGGGCCAGACUUCCUGGCCAAAGACGAGAACCUGAUGGAUGAACUGGAGCGGAUCUACAGACGAGCCGGCAGCAGAAAGCUUUGGUCUGUUGUCCGUCUUGCUGCCAGUCUCUUAACUAAGCUAGUGGACAGCCUUGCCCCCAGUAUUACUAGUAUUUUAGUGCAAGGCAAGCAGGUGACCCUGGGUCUGUUUGGGCACGAGGAGGAGGUGAUUUCCAACCCAUUGUCCCCGGGAGUGAUCCAGGGCAUCAUUUACAGCAAGUGCGCUCCCCACGGUGGCGAGAGAGAAGCUGUCCUCCAACAGGAGCUGGUCAUCCACAUCGGAUGGAUUAUCUCCAACAACCCCGAGCUGUUCAGCGGCAUGCUCAAGAUCAGAGUCGGAUGGAUCGUUCAGGCCAUGAAACAUGAGCUGAAGAUCCGAGCUGGAGACAUGCCCCCUCAGGACAUCUACCAGCUCUCCCCCAGCGACAUAAAGCAGCUCCUGCUGGACGUCCUGCAGCCGCAGCACACUGGCAGGUCCUGGCUGAACCGGCGUCAGAUCGACGGCAGUCUGAACAGAACCCCUCUGGGCUUUUAUGAUCGCGUGUGGCAGAUCCUGGAGAGGACCCCUAACGGUAUCGUGGUGGCUGGAAAUCACCUCCCACAGCAACCAACCCUGUCUGACAUGACAAUGUAUGAGAUGAACUUCUCCCUGCUGGUGGAGGACACGCUGAAGAACAUCGUCCUGCCUGAGUACAGACAAAUCAUUGUGGAGUUGCUGAUGGUGGUGGCCGUAGUGCUGGAGAGAAACCCAGAGCUGGAAUUCAGCGACAAGGUGGAUCUAGAUAGUCUGGUGAAGGAGGCGUUUAACGACUUCCAGAAAGACCGGAGUCGCUUGGAAGGAAUGGAGAAGCAGGAUGACAUGGAGGCCUUCUACAACACACCACCUCUAGGAAAGAGAGGAACCUCCAGCUACCUGACCAAGGCAGUAAUGAUUCAGCUGCUGCAAGGAGACAUGAAGCCCUGCAAGGACGACCCGUGCUCUGUUAGCUAGAUUUCUAACAUUUGAAGUCAUUACUUUACCCAGUCACCAAGUGUUUUUUUAGACUUACUUAGAUUCCAUUGCAUGCAUUAUAACCCCUUAGAUAGGUCCUAUAUUGUUAAAAUUGUCUUUUUAUCUCUUAGAAAUCGAAAAGGUCUGAGCCUUGCUCAUCGACUCUCUUAACACAAAAGCGCUCGUGCUGCUCAUGAACGAAGCCGAGAUGUGACGGUUCAAACUGUGCUCUGUAUCUCACCAGCAGGUGUGAUGCACCGUAAUCUAGCAGAAUAUCACGAGUUGUGGGUCUCGUUUGUGUGUUCAGCACCACGGGAGCCUAAACGUGUUUGACUGAUCACUGGAUUGAAAAAGCACUUAACCAUGCCGUUGCUUUGUUUCACAGGAAAUAAAUGUAAACUGUGUCAGUCUGAGGCUGUCUGGCUUCAGACUGACCAAGAGCCAUCAUGCCUAACGCAAGAUUUCAACCUUCUUUUGUAACCUAUACCGUUUGGUAUAUUCUUCCGCUCUAUACAUAGACAUGUUGUUGUUCAGCAUACCAUGUUGAGUCCUUCUCCAAGGUGCAUCAUGUCAUUUUCUGCCCGUGCACAGUGUGCUGUGACGAUAGGCGCUGUCUGGUGUAAUCACUGGGAAGGUUUUCUGAAUGUAAUUGACUAUAAAAUAGCUUUCAGGGGUCUAUUUGGGCACAGAGGGGCUCUGCAUGACAAUGACUACUACUCAUGUGAAGUCUUGGGCCUGAGUACACUAUAAACAUGUUGGGGUGAAAAACAAAAAGAUUGCUCACAUCUUUAGUAGCACUGAUUAAAGGCCUAGACGUAUUUGUUUGACUGUUCUCACUGUAAUGGGUCUGUCGAAGGUUGUCAUGGAGCAUCAGAACAUGUUUGUGUGUUUGUUAGUGAACUAGAUGUGUAAAAGAAGUAUUUUUAUCUCAAGGAAUAAAAUGAUGAUAGAAACUAUGA